UGGUGACCGAGCUCUGUUCUUCCGGGUUGUCCUGACCUCAGUGGAGUGAAUGUGAGGCGAAUGAUACCGGCUCAGGAUGAAGAGGGCUCCGGUGCUCCUUUUCCUGGCCUGGCUGUCCAUCCUCUUUUACUCCGGCAUCUGGCUUUUCAUGAGCGGUUUCCUCCUCAUGAGAAUAGAACUCGGCAACCAGAGUGCGUGUUCUCAGCCUCCUUUUCCCGGACUUCUCAGCGGCUCCCAAUCAGAGGCCACUUCCUGCUGGUACCCGCACAGGUUCAAUAAGGCCGUGAUUGUCAUCAUUGAUGCCUUGAAGUAUGACUUUGCCAAGUAUGACCCGGCCAACACCAACCCAAAGCUCUACGAGAACAAGCUGGAUGUGAUCCACCAGCUUACCCAGUCCCAGCCUAGGCAUGCCAGACUCUACCAGUUCCGGGCCGACCCUCCCACUACCACCAUGCAGAGGAUUAAAGGGGUCACCACAGGCUCGCUGCCGACCUUUGUGGAUGUGGGCAGCAACUUUGCCAGCUACGCCAUCCAGGAAGACAAUCUGAUCCAUCAGAUGGUACAAAAUGGGAAGAGAGUGGUGUUCAUGGGAGAUGAUACCUGGGAUGGACUGUUCCCAAAAAAGUUCUACAAGUCCUUCUUCUUUCCUUCCUUCAAUGUGAAGGACCUUCACACGGUGGACGACGGAAUCUUGCAGCACCUCUAUCCUACCGUGGACGGAGAAGAUUGGGACGUAGUAAUUGCUCAUUUUCUUGGAGUCGAUCACUGUGGACACAAGCAUGGGCCAGACCACCCAGAGACCGCCAAGAAACUCGCACAGAUGAAUCACAUGAUCAGGUCCCUCAUAGAACAUCUGGAUGACCAGACCUUGUUGGUGGUAGCUGGAGACCACGGGAUGACGGACACCGGAGACCAUGGAGGAGACAGUGAGAAGGAAGUGACUGCAGCUCUCUUCUUGUAUAGCAAAGCCCCGCUUUUCUCUAAGGAGCUCCUGGAGGAGCCGGAAGCCGUCCCCCAGGUGAAUUUGGUCCCAAGCCUGGCGCUUCUCCUUGGUAUCCCCAUCCCGUACAGUAACCUGGGAGCUGUGAUCAGCGACCUCUUCUGGUGGUCAGAGGAUGGAGAUGACAUAUCAGCCCUCCUUACAAAGACAAGGACUUAUCAGCUUAACGUUCAGCAGGUAGCCCGUUAUCUGUCCUCCUAUUCCCAGGCUGCAGGGGACCUUCCUGCUGAUAAGUUAAGGCUCCUCAGUGAUCUUUCCUCUUCCUCUAUGGCAGAAUACAAGCAGCUGAUGUCAGAGUGGGACCAGAAGUUGGUGUCGGAGGCAGAGAUGGAAGAUCGGCUGACCAAGCUGGUGCAGAAAACGCAGCUCUACCUCAGCCAAGCCCGCCAUAUGUGUAUGGAGUCCUGGGCUCGCUUCCACCCAUUACGCAUGAUCUUCGGAAGCCUCAUCCUCUUCAUGUCAUGCGUCCUCUGUUACAUAGUCGCCGAGGCUUGUUCGGCCAUGAAUAGGUCUUACAAGCAUCUACUGGGGUAUCCGGUGUUUAUAUCGCUGUUGCUGAUAGUUGUACUCGGCCUGGGCACAUGGAUGUCAUUUGUAGAUAUGGAUCUAGUGUCUCUUUGUGCUUUAGUCACUGUCAUCGCCCAGCUCAGCUUCCUUUACAUCUUCAGAUCGAGGAGAUAUGCAAAAAAGAGAUGGUGGUCCCAGCCCACCUCUCUCUUAUUCUCGGGGCCUUGCGUCGUACUCUUUUUCCGCUGCUGCACUCUUUUUUCGGACAGUUUCGUAGUGGCGGAGGGAAAGGCGGCUCCAUUCUUUCUCACAUCGUUACUCUUACUGACCGUGGCCAAGCUACACUGGGAUGGAAGGCUGAUGCUCCCAACAUUCACCCCGCUGGGAAGUGAAUCAUUGAAGCCCUCACUUACGCCGGCCUAUAAGAAGGACGGAUCCCGGUUGUUAUUGUUGCUUGCAGCCUUGGGUCUGUGCAUUCGCCUCUCCAGCUUCUUUCACAACUGCCGGGAGGAGACGCCAGAAUGUCAGCCGUCCGCUUUUCUGACUCCACUGUCCAGCGUGCAGGAUUCGGAGCUGAAGAACUUCUCUUACAUCUGUUGUGUCUUAUGUCUGGGGGUCAUUAUCUACCUCAUCAGGAAGUGGCUGCAGCACUACGGAAACCUCAACAGCUCCUCCCCAGUGGUACUAUAUGUCCGAUGGGGGUUCCCGCUUAUAGCACUGGGGAUUUCCUGCUUCUGGGCCCUCAGCUCCGGUACAGAAGACAGCUUUGCCAAGUUGCGGGAGCUCACACACAUAGCCCUCGUGGCCUGUCCCAGGGCCAUAUACAUCUUUGCCGGAAUAGGCAUUCUGCUCACCCUGUGGAAACCUAUGACUGUUUAUAUGAAGCAGAACCAGGACUCCAGUGCAGACAACACAGUGACCACUUUCGGUGCAGUUCCAGGAUCACAGGCCGAGCUCCAACACGUCAUCCCACAGAUCUACAGGAAGAUGCAGCGCACACUGAAGAGCAGGCUCCAGCAUGGCGGAGAGAGAGAGGAAGGAAAGAAAGGAGCAGCAAUUGAAGCCUAUGGACUGGGCAGCGUGUACUCUGCCGUUAUGGUCAUCACUCUGUCUCUGCUCACCUUUGUGUUCAUAAUGCUGCACAGUGAACGGAUGACUCCUGCCUUCCUCCUCCUAUUAUUAGAGGCACUGGUCAUCCUCCAGAUCCAUGGACAUGUCUCCAACCUGUACUGGGCGCCUGAUGACAAUGACCUGUUUUGUGUGCCGUGGUACGCGGUCAUAGCGUGGGCUCUCGCUGCCACCCAGAGCUUCUACUCCACUGGUCACCAGCCGGUCUUCCCUGCCAUUCACUGGAACUCGGCCUUUGUGGGCUUUCAAGAUGGACACGCAAACAACGUCAUCCCAGCACUGAUGGUCGCCGCCAACACCUUCUGCUCCAACAUCCUCUUCUCAGCCGGAUCCUGCCUACUGCUGCUCUGGCCGUUCCUGUGUGAAUCCCCCAGCGGCCGGAGGAAGAAGGGCAAGAGAGAGACUCGAGAGGGGGAGACUGACGACGAGGACAUGCCUCUAAUGGAGAUGAGGCUGAGAGAGAAUCCGGACUGCUUCUCUGCAGCUCUGCUCCAGCUGGGGGCCAAAUACCUCUUCAUCCAGGGAGUGCAGCUCCUGUCCUGUGUCUGUGCGGCCAUGAUUCUGCGGCGUCACCUUAUGGUGUGGAAAGUGUUUGCUCCAAAGUUCCUGUUUGAAGCUCUGGGCUUCACUAUCAGCAGCAUCUUUGUCCUGUGUGGGAUCGGACUGGUUCUGAGGGUGGACUGUGCGGUCAGUAACUGGUUCCGAAGCCUCCUGGUCCAGCAGAGCAGGUAGCGGCAGAGGACGGACUGAGACGCUGCUCAGAACUUACUCAGUGCCUUUACAGCCCAGGACGUUGGCUGCUGCGCUUAUUACACUCCGCCGGCUGGCAGAACCCGGACAUUUCCGCCAUAUUUGUUGGGAUCUGUCAGUUGUCUUUUUUUUUUUUUUUGAAUUAUUGGAGAA